AUGUCUUCGUCCUAUUAUGAGCCACAGGGCUGGCAAGCUCCCGCUGCGCGCCAGGUCUCAUGGGAACAGCCCGUGCCGCCCUCCCGGUCAGGCUCGAGCUCCGUUUCCCAGCGCGAUGAUAGCCCGGCUUUUUCCUCCCAAUUUGACGAGGUCGACCGUGCGAUCGACAAUCUCGUCAAGAGCGGCAAGUUGUGGAAUGCUCCUCGCCGGGACUCAAUGCCCAUGAUGAUGGGCCGUCCCUAUCCUGAGUACGACCCGCGCAUGGGUGGUGGCCCCCAGCGACACCAUUCAAUUAGCGAGUUCGACAAUUCCCGGACGCACCCAUCGGGCAACGCACAGGGCUUCUAUGCCUCACAGCGGUACCAGGGCCGCCCCAAUGAGGUUGAGCAAAUGAUGCAGGCAAAGCGUCGGAUGGCGGCACAGCGUGAACGGGAGCUCCGCAACUAUCACCAGGAGCAGCAGUACAACCGAAGCCUCCUCGCCGAAAUGUCAGCAACCAAAUCCGAUCGUUCCACCAGCCCCGCGGCCAGCAUGAGUGAAGACAGUCGCCGUGACCUCCUGGCUCGCCAGCACCGCGCCUUGUACGGCAACGAGAGUCCCGCCUUCUUUCCCCCAGGCCCCCUAUCUGAUGACCACAACAGGGCCGACAGCCAAGCCACCGGUACCCCUUCCUCUGCCGCUCGAGGCUCGUCUCCCCGUGGAGUUGACCCAUUCGGUCUGACCCAGGCCGGAGGUGCUCCUGCCGAGGGGGCAUCCGGUCUUCAGUCCCCAUCCCGUGCCAAUAGUACCUCUUCGCCGAGCUCCGCCAUCAAUGCCGGCUUCACUGAACAGCCUGGUACUUCGGCAUCCUCCCCUGGAGCUGCUGACUCGCCUUCUUCUUCUCGCCAGGGUUCCUCCAAGCCAUCCGCUGGCCCUAUCGGAUCUGUCGGCCCCAUCGGCUCGCGUCCCGUGCCCGGCCAGGCCCCGGCCGCCCCGGCCGCUAACCCAGCCCUGAACAAGCAGCGCGCGACCACACCUCUGCCCUCCCCAUUGGGCUUUGGUUUCACCCCCAGUGAAGCCGCCGCCGCGGGCGAGCGUUCCACGUCUGCCACCUCCAACCCAGCCGUGAUCGCGACCACCAACGCCCCAAGUGCCAAGGACUCGUCGGCCGGCGUCGGCCUCGGCUGGAGCAACAACGGUGGUGUCUGGGGUUCCAAGAGCGGACUCGGCGUGCAGGCCUCGGUCUGGGGCUAA